AUGACGUCCUCGCCCGAGCCAAAGAUCGACGAUAACGUCGUCUACCUACUCCAGUGCAUUGAGCUGACACCACUGACGCCGGACUUCCGAACUAUGGCUCGCAUCAACGGUACCAGCCCGGCGGCUGAAACAGCAAGAUACACAGCCCUUAAGGACCAGAUCCAUGCCGCCAUUGAAGAAGGUGCCAUCACCAAGGCGUUCUCUGGCGGUGCAAAUGUCCCAGUCGAUGGGAACUACAUCUACCUGUUCAUGGCGCUAGACCUGGCAGAGGGACGGCCAGACUUCAAGGCCAUCGCCGGCGGCCUCGGCAUCAAUCAGCCGGCCGCCAGAAUGAAGUUCAAUCGCCUCAAGGCGGCCAUCUUGGCAGCUCUUGCCGAGGAUACCGACUCUGAAAUGGAGAUUUGA